GGAGGGAAGCGGCCGUUGGAGUUCGAAGCUGGCGGCGCCGUUGGCAGCGGGGCGGCCUGUCCGCUCCCUGACGGGACCUGCAGCCCCGCGGCUGCGGGGCCGUCGGCCCCGCGGCGAGGCCGGCAGCCUCCCUGCACAGAGCUGGAGGGAGCGGGGCCGUGUGGCGGGCCGGGGCCGCCCAGCCGGGUCGCCUGCGUGCCGGGCCGAGGCGGGGAGGAGCCGCGGCCUCGGCCGCCCAGCUGCCUGCCGCAGAUGGAGGCCAGCCUGACGUGCGCCGUCUGCCUGUCGCUCUUCGAGGAGCCGGUCACGCUGCCGCUGUGCUCGCACAACUUCUGCCGGGAGUGCGUGUUGGAGUGCCUGGCCUCAGCCGAAGCCGCCCGCCUGCAGCAGCGGGGCCAGGGGCAGACCCGCCUGUUGCGGGGAAGCCCGGGGCAGGGCGCUGGCGGCUCCACGGCCAGCACCCGCGUGUCGUGCCCGCUGUGCAGGAAGCUCUGCCCGCUGCCCCGCGGUGGCGCCGCCGCGCUGCCCGUCAACACCACGUUGGCAGAGGUGGUGAAGCUCUACCGCUCCGGCACGGCGGGGGCCUCCAAGGCGGCGGAGGCAGAGCCGGGGCCGGGGCCCGGCCUGCUCUCCCCGCUGCCUCUCGGGGGAACCUGCCAGAAGCAUCCGAGCCGGCUGAUGCAGCUCUACUGCCGGAUGUGCCGCCAGGCGGGCUGUGGGCAGUGCGUGUCUGAGGAGCACCAAGGCAUUUUCCACUCCGUCAACCUCAUAGACACUGUGUAUCAAGAGGAAAAGUUAACCUUCUUCAGUAGUCUGAAAAAACUGAGAAUAAUAAAUGAGAAGCUGCUGAAUGAAAUCUCAAGUCAUCCAGAUGAUACUGAUAUAAUGUUGACCAAUGAAGCAGAGAUAAUUGCACUGGAAUUUGGAGAAAUAUUCAAAACUCUGGAAAUGAAGAAGAAGCAACUUCUAGAAGAUGUUGAAAACCAAAGAAGUAAAAAAGAGAAAGAAUUUCAAAUUUGGAAGAAAAUGAAGGAAACUCACAAGAAAACCAUUGAGAAUUUUCUGAAGGAUUGUGAAAAGCUUGUUCAUGAAUGUGAUCCUCAGUGUUUCCUGGAGGUGGCCUGUGGCUUGAAUACAAGAAUGAAAACUCAGCUUGACCUGAUGAAUAUUGCCUCCAGCUAUGAGAAACCACCAGAGUAUACCCAAAAGAAAAUGGAUAUCAAACCUGUGGUUAACGAAAUCUUGGCCUUGAAGUUAAUACCGGUUAAUGUAGGUGUAGUUAAAGAUCUACCUUUUCAAGGAAAUGAGAACUCAACUAACAAUACUGUAUUUAAAAACAACAUUAAGCAAUGGAAAGACCAGAAGAAUACACCCAACAUAUUUCGUCCAGUUGCAGGACAGGAGGAAGCACUGGCAGAUGGUGGUCGGAUCUGUACUCGCUUAAUGUCAAUAUCAGAAAUGUCAGCUUUUCAAAAUAUGAGUCAUGAGGAACUACGUUACAAAUACUACAUGGAACAUCAGAAGGUAUCUCAAGAGUUCAAGAGACAAACUCUGCCUGCAAAUAAAAAGUAUAAAUGGAUAACCACUGAGGCUUUGAAGAAUAAGUCCUCAGGAGUUCCUUUUGUAUCUUCCCCUACUAAAGCAAAUAAUGCAAAUAGAGUGAAAAUGGGAAGUAUGCAGAGAGCAGGUUUUGAUGAGAUAAGCUUUUCCAGUACUAGUAAUCACAGCAUUCCAUCUACAAACUUGAAUUUUUCUGAACCAAAUGGUGACUUCAAAUUUUUUCAGGAAAAAAGGUCCCAGGAAGUAAGCACACUGGCCUCACCGGAGAACUCUAACAGCUCAGUAAUUAAAGAAAAAAUACCAAUGCAGUCAGCAGCAGUUACGCUUUCCAGUGAAAUGGAUGCAAAUUCCAGCACUUCAGCUGGUUCAAAACCAUCAGCAUCAGUACCUGUUACUGUCUCAGGUUCAGCGUUUUUGGAUAUUUUUGCAGAGGGAGUUUCUGCUUCACCUUUUGCUUUCGGUGCAUGUAACAGCUCGUUACCCAGAUUUAUUAAAGGCACAGCUACAGUUUCCUUUACAAAGAAAGACAGUAAAUCUAUUUUUCCUACAUUUUAUCUAGGCAAAUGUGAUCCUGACAAUAAAAUAGAUGACCAGGAUGAAACAAAACUUACAAAACUUAGUUCUGUAACUAAAACUACUGUCUCUGCUUCAACCAGUCCUAAUCCAAAAUCAUCAGAAAACAAGAAACCUGGUUUUUCGUUUGCCUUUGGCAGUUCAAAAAAAGAUUCUUUCACAGUAUCUGGAGCCAGCAAUUCAUUUAAGGUUUUACCAUUACCCUCAUUUUCUGACCAAUCGGAGAAGCCAUCCGACCAAAAUGCAACACAUCACAUGGGAGAAAAUAAGGCUUCUCCAAACAAAGCCAUAAAACACAGUGUGCUAAAUCCAUCUGUCUCACUAGAACAAACUACUAAUACCUCAGAAUCCACCACUACUGUAGCUUGUAGUACUUCAGAAACCAGCACUGCAGCUGGGCUGAAUGAUGUUUCUGAGACCUCCCUUCACCACAGCAAUUACAUUUUUUCCUUUGCAAGCAAGUGUCUUCAGCUGCCUUCACCAGUGUUUUCAUUUGGAAGCACUGCCAAGAAUACCUCUGAUUCACUGACUUCCUCAUCAGUGCUCUUCUCUAGAAGUGGCACUAAAACAAAUGAAAAAAAGAAAACGGAAUCUCCUGACAAAACACGCUUAAAUCUAGAAAAGUCAGUGUCUGCGGGGUGUACAGAGCCUGCUUCUAAAAAUGGUCAUCCAAAAUGUGCAGAUUCUUUUCCUGUGAACUCAACUAAGAAGGUUGAAAAUGAAAAAGCAGUUGCUAAUAGUAGUGAUACUUCUAAUCAGCCUUUGUGUUCAGCUGCCGUUCCUGUUAAAGAAGAGACUGCCUCUUUCACUCAACUUACUACACCAACGAAACAAGAAAUAAAAGAUGAAGAAGGUAAAAUUGUUGCUGAAAAUGGCUAUUCCUGUGCUAGGAAGGAAGAUGAACCUGAGUCUGUAAUGUUUCAGAAAGAAGCUUGUUCUGUUCCUGACACGUGCAACAAUUCAUUUUUAGGGGAUUCUAAACUUCCUGUAAAUGAGGCAGGAGGAAUACCAAGUGACACUGAUUCUGACACAGAAGAGCUAAGUCAAACAUCGACCUCUAGUGACAACAGCAGUGCAUCAGAAUAUUUUUCUGUUGCAGAAGACAAAACAGCUGCUAGAGGAAAACCAGAGACAUGAACAAAGUGAAAUGAAAAAUAACUAUGUUUAAAUCAGCUAGAAUUAAAUAAACGCUAUGUAACAUUAAAAA